ACAAAACCACGGCGGGACCGGAGAGAAGCAUGUCUGCUGUCACAAGAGAGGGAGAUUUGUUCUCUCCCGAACAAAGAGCUUUCAGAAACGACAAGAAACGGAAGGACGGAAAGUGGAUGGUGAUGAAGAUGGCUGCUGUCUCCACCAUCUCUCUGCUCCUGCUCUGCUGCUCCGCCAUCUCCUCCACAGAUUCUGAGGAAGUGUGCGACAAUCACGUUGCAACAGGCGCGAACUUUACGGUGCAGCUGGGCUUCACAAUGGACAAGUCAGACAGACUGAGAUGGAAGCACAACAGCAGGUAUAUCUUAGAUCUUAGAAGUAAUGGCCAAUUUGUCGAAGGGAAGAAGGAGCUAAUUUCAGAAGACGGAUCCCUGGACCUGACAAAUGUGAUCAAGAGCAACGCUGGAAGUUACAUCCCCGAAGUUCUUAAUAAAGAUGGAACUAAGAAAUGGACUGCUAAAGUCUUUUUAUGUGUAAUGGACCCUGUCCCGAAGCCUGUCUUGAAGACUACAUGCAACAAAAAGAAGACCAUCUCAGAUGCCCAGUUCACCUGCAAGGUUCAAGCAAAGACCGAUCACACCUUUGCGUGGCUUCAGAACAACAAGGUGUUGGGAAAUGAGACAGGUGCUACUCUGACAAGACAGGCCGAUAAGGUGAAAACAGAUUCCUUCAGAUGCAGAGUUUCCAACAUCGUCAGCUCCGAGACCAGUGAACCUAUUGUACAAAUCUGCAUUGAUAAUAACGCGUCCUUUUUACCUGAUACGCUUCUCGGAAUUAACUCGUGGAUUGUUGUGGGCGCCGGAGGAGGUGUUGUUCUGUUGCUGAUUAUCGUCGUUAUUGUUUGCUGCGUCCACACCAAGCAGAGCAAACGCAUGCAACUGAAGGAUGAGGGGGAGCUUCGGUUGCCGUGGACCAAUGACCAGCAUAAACACCAUCAACACAAUGAUCCUCAAGAUCAACGGUCCCAUCACCAUCAUCAUUCCCACCAGCAGCCGGCCGGCCACACCGGCCCCCGCCAGCAGCGCUCCAGACAGCAGCAUCCCAUAAACCCCGACCAGCCCAACGCUCACCCUCAGCCCAGCCCCCGAAGACCUGCACAGGCCCCCAGGCCACCUGCUAACAGCGAUGACGAGCAGCCACCUCCUCUUCCUCAGCCCAGGAAAAUAAUAAAGAAAGCUGCCAAAGCACAAAGAGUGUGACACCAUGUGAGUGUUGGAGUUCUGGGUUCACCUGCUUUUCUUAUUUUUCUUCAUUUUAGAUGUUUUCUUUACUUUACUUUUAGUUUAUUUAUUCAGCAUCUCACAUAAACCGUUAUUUUCCUUCCAGACAGACUCAACAGAAGAAUGUCAUUUGAAAGGUUUCUAUUAUAAGAGCCAUGUAUUUUCACUGCAGUCUUUUAAUGAUUUUACACAAACUCUUUUAUGUACAUUUGUAUGCAGCUCUUUUUUUUUUUUUAUCUCUUUUUCUUUGUAUUUGUGUGUGAAUUAGUGAAUAAAAGGAAGAAUUUAUUACCAGAGACAGGUCACAUUUUCUUCACCUAUGAAAUCUUUAAUGCUUUAUUUUUGGAAACCGCAGGUUUGGCUCAUGAAAGGACAGUUAAGUUAACCUAAUCACAAUGUGAAUAAAUGUCAUUUAUUCAUGUGUUUGUAUGCAGAAAACAUACAAGGAACCAUACCGUGUUUUCAUAUUUAUCUAUUGAACAGCAAUACCAAAGCCUUUGCAUUGUAUUCAUCAAAGUAUCUGCUUUUAAUGCAAAAAAAUGUACAUUUUAAACUCUUUGCAUUGAAAUAAAUGAUCUGUUCCAGAAGAUAAUAUUUCACACUGUGGUCAUUAUCACCUCUGCAGCUCGCUGUUUGUCAGAAUGCUCAGAGCAAUGCAUGCAGAGGGAGAGUGUGUGUUUUGCAUAUCCUGUGUCUUUUUGCUGAAAGUGUGUUUGUGGUUUUACGUGCGUUAGCUGUUUGUGCCGAGCUACCGCCGAGUGCAUCUGGUGUGUGUGUGUGUGUGUGUGUUCUGGAGGUUUUCCUGUACUUGCAGCUUCUUUAUGGCAACAGAAAAUGAUCAAGGACGUGUUUGCAGCUACUCUAAAGUGAUUUUAGUUCAUAGAUUUAUAUGUAUUUUAAUUGUCUGCUCACUUCUUACUCAUUGUGUUCUGCUGCUGGUACUCUACACCCACACUGUGCUGCUGCUAACUUGUUUUCACACCUUUUCAUUUCAUUCCAUCCAUUCAACCAACAUCAAACCAGCCAUGAAUGUAUUCUGAGUUAAUAUACUGUAUACAAAGCACAGGGAAUAACAUUAUCACCCUGACUAGUAAUACUGAUGUACAAUAUGUUAGUGAGCUCUAUCAUUGUCUUAUUUUAUUCUAUGUUUUCUUUCUGUAUUGUCCUCCUUAUCCACCUAAUUAAUUCCAUUGUCUAUGGUUUUGUAUAAUCCUGCAGUAGUGUAAAGUUCUUCAGUCGACACAGUUGAUUUGAAGUAAGAAAAUACUCUUUUUACUCUAAAUCUUUAUUGGUUGCAUUUAACACAGCAUGCAGUUUUCUUUAUAUUAAUCGGAAGAAACUUUAGAAACAGCCGAGGAUGCAAAAGAAAACCACAAGUCUGCACUGACUCGUUUUGUCCACUAGAUGGUGCUGCAGCUCCAUGUGCUCAGGUCCAAGCGGGGGAAAUUUGGGAUCAGUUGUCUCAUCAGCUUCCGUGCAGUUUCUACAUGUUGUAUGACUUUUUGUCUCUUCACUUAAGUAUUAUAUGUUCCUUUACAAAUUAUUAAAAGUUCUCCAACC